GCCCCCUUCCCUCCCUCCCUCUCUCCCCUCCCUCCGUCUCUCCCGCCCCCUUCCCUCCCUCCCUCCCGCCCCUUCCCUCCCUCCCCCCCGCCCCCUUCCCUCCCUCCCCCCCGCCCCCUUCCCUCCCUCCCCCCCGCCCCCUUCCCUCCCUCCCCCUUCCCUCCCUCCCCCUUCCCUCCCUCCCUCCCGCCCGCCCCCUUCCCUCCCCCCCCCGCCCCCUUCCCUCCCUCCCCCCCGCCCCCUUCCCUCCUCCCCCCCGCCCCCUUCCCUCCCUCCCCCCCGCCCCCUUCCCUCCCUCCCCCCCGCCCCCUUCCCUCCCUCCCCCCCCGCCCCCUUCCCUCCCGCCCCCCCGCCCCCUUCCCUCCCGCCCCCCCGCCCCCUUCCCUCCCGCCCCCUUCCCUCCCCCCCGCCCCCUUCCCUCCCUCCCCCCCGCCCCCUUCCCUCCCUCCCCCCCGCCCCCUUCCCUCCCUCCCCCCCGCCCCCUUCCCUCCCUCCCCCCCCGCCCCCUUCCCUCCCUCCCCCCCGCCCCCUUCCCUCCCUCCCCCUUCCCUCCCUCCCUCCCUCCCCUUCCCUCCCCCUUCCCUCCCCCUUCCCUCCCCCUUCCCUCCCCCUUCCCUCCCUCCCUCCCUCCCUCCCUCCCCCUUCCCUCCCUCCCUCCCUCCCCCUUCCCUCCCUCCCUCCCUCCCCUUCCCUCCCUCCCUCCCUCCCCCUUCCCUCCCUCCCUCCCUCCCCCUUCCCUCCCCCUUCCCUCCCUCCCUCCCCCUUCCCUCCCUCCCUCCCUCCCCCUUCCCUCCCUCCCUCCCUCCCCCUUCCCUCCCUCCCCCUUCCCUCCCUCCCCCUUCCCUCCCUCCCUCCUCCCCCUUCCCUCCCUCCCUCCCUCCCCCUUCCCUCCCUCCCUCCCUCCCCUUCCCUCCCUCCCCCUUCCCUCCCUCCCUCCCUCCCCCUCUCCCCCUUCCCUCCCUCCCUCCCUCCCCCUUCCCUCCCUCCCUCCCUCCCCCUUCCCUCCUCCCUCCCUCCCCCUUCCCUCCCUCCCCCUUCCCUCCCUCCCCCUUCCCUCCCUCCCUCCCUCCCCCUUCCCUCCCUCCCUCCCUCCCCCUUCCCUCCCUCCCUCCCUCCCCCUUCCCUCCCUCCCUCCCUCCCCCUUCCCUCCCUCCCUCCCUCCCUCCCUCCCCCUUCCCUCCCUCCCCCCUCCCUCCCUCCCCCUUCCCUCCCUCCCCCUUCCCUCCCUCCCCCUUCCCUCCCUCCCCCUUCCCUCCCUCCCUCCCUCCCGAGCCGAAGCCUGAAUUUGUCCAGGUCUUCCUGCAAUUGCACGUGGACUGCUUAAGUAUCCGAGAAGUCAAAAGUGGUAUUGAACAUUGUGCAAUCAUCAGUGUACAUUCCUGCUUCAGAACUUUGAUAGAGGGAAGGUCAUUGAUGACACAAUUGAAGAGUUUCAGAAGCAAACUCCUUUUCGCUAGAAAGCGUGAGGAAUCCUGGAGAGCCAAGGAGUUGAGUUUAACUGUUGCUGACCUUGGUUCACUUCUGGACAUGCUGUCAACAUUAGAAAACCUAGAUGUGUAUGCCACUACCAUCAUCGACUUCGGUAGCAAAUGCUUGGAAGAUUAUGUAUCAAAGUCAUCAAUCUGA